GAGCGCGAUGGCGGAAGAGCCGGGCCCGGGCCCGGACGAGGCGGAGGCGGCCGAGGAAGCGGGGCUGCGGCUGCGGGGGGGCGCGGAGCCGUCCUCGCGGCGCCUGGUGCUGCCGCCGUCCUGGCUGUCGCCCGGCGGCGGGCUGCCGGUGGGGCUCGGGAGCUCGUUCCCGGCGCUGGAGGUGCUGGACGUGAGCGGGACGGGGCUGUCGGUACUGGGCCCGGAGCUGCUGGACCUGGCGCGGCUUCACACGCUGCUGGCCAAGAACAACCGGCUGGGCGCCGCUGGCUCCUUCCCGAAAAGCCUGGCCAGAGCCCCGCUCAGCCGCUCCUUGCGCGUCCUCAACUUGAGCGGCAACCGCUUCACCCACCUGCCAGCCUCGCUGCUGGGCCUGCACCGCCUGCAGAGCCUCAGCCUGGGCAGCAACCGCCUCCAGAGCAUUCCCCCCGCCAUACAGGAGCUCCGCAGUUUAGAAUUUUUAUAUCUUGGAGGAAACUUCAUUACAUCAAUUCCACCAGAGUUAGCAAACCUGCCUUUGCUAAGUUAUUUAGUCCUGUGUGAUAAUAAGAUACAAAGUAUUCCACCUCAGUUGGCACAGUUGCAUUCCCUGCGGUCCCUUAGCCUUCACAAUAACUUACUAACUUACCUUCCUCGAGAGAUCCUUAAUCUAGUCCACCUUGAAGAACUGAGUUUGCGUGGGAAUCCACUAGUUGUACGAUUUGUCCGUGACUUGACUUACAAUCCUCCAAGUCUCCAGGAACUGGCUGGACGCACCAUUAAAACCCGAAACGUUCCUUUUGUUCCUACGGAGCUUCCUGGAAAUCUGUUCCGAUAUUUGAGCUUAGCCAGCAACUGCCCCAAUCCUAAAUGUGGAGGAGUCUAUUUUGACAGCUGUGUCCGACAAAUCAAAUUUGUCGACUUCUGUGGGAAGUACCGUGUUCCGCUGAUGCACUACCUUUGUUCUCCAGAGUGCUCUUCCCCCUGCAGUUCAGCAUCUCAGAGUUCUAAUUCCCAAAGUGAAUCUGAUUCUGAAGAUGAAGCCAUUGUUGCUGCCCGAAGGAUGCAGAAAGUUCUGCUGGGAUAAGAAAAGACUACAAGCAAAUCAUGUUAGAAAUGCAAUUGAAGAAUCACAGUGCCUGAUCCCCUGUGUGAGGGACAUUUUUGAAAAAUUACUGUAACCUGCCUUUACUUUGUCACUCAUGGAAAACGUGUCUGUUCUGGAAAAGCAUAGAAUUACUUAAGACAGUGUACUUCAUGCCUUUUAGGAGAAGCUGACACAGGGACCUUUAUGAAGGUUUGAGGCCUCCUUGGCUUGUUAAAAGGGUGGUUAGACUGCUUCACUACCAAGGCUGGAUGUGAAGCGGACCAUAUUUAGUCAUUGCAAUAAAACUUAAGGGUGCCGGGCUGUAUGCCCCAGUGUUAUAGCAUCUAUCAUACUUGAACAUUCUCUCUUUAUGGAGGUGCUUGGUCUCUGCCUAUUACAACAUUCCUCCAAAGUACAAAAAUGCCUUAGGGGUACAUUCUUCUUUGUGUGGCUUCGCUGCUUUUGACCAGAGUUCUGUUGUAGCAGUACAACUAUGCCUCUCUCUGACAGCUUUCCUGAAACUGGUGUCCUCAUAGUGUUUUGGGCUACGUUUCACAGGAUUACUUACCAUUGGCCAUACUGGCCAGGUCUUAUGGAAGCUGGUCCCCAAAAUCUGGAGGGCACCAGACUGGGAAUGCUGCUUUAUACUUUAACCCUGCAUGCUGCUUAACGGGACUUUAAUUUUCGCCGUUCCUGUCACUGCUAAUUUAUUUAAGCUGGACUCUUGAUCUUCUUGUCAUGCAACUCAUUGUUUGUCUUUCUUAGAUACAUCUUGCCUUUCUGGAGUGGUGGGCUGUGUCAAACAUAUCACAUCAGUGACACUUGUGCAACCAUAUUCCACACAUAGUAUUUGUAUUCCUCACACAACACUUCAUUUGUUGUGUUAAUUCAGAGGUUUCCCAUCUGUCCCAGUGACAGGUGUGUUUUUCUACAAAGCUAUCAACUUUUGUUUUUUCCACAGUGACUUCUUAAGCAUUGCAGAGUGAUGAGCUUUUUUCACCAUUGGACCCAGUAUCUUGGAUUGAGUGCUGGCCACUGUAAUGGAAGCACUGUUUGAGGAACGACAUUUCGUGCUCUCAUGAGGAUGUUGCAGAAAGACAUACAGAAAGGCCUCUGCUCUAAGCAUAGAGCAGUCCAAGAAGGGAAUCCUAGUGCUGCCCUCAUAAUAAGGGGUUGUUUGAGGAAUCCUGAGAAGCAACCUGAUCAGUACUUUGUAAUAAAGUUGGCAUCUGCUUCUGGUGACAGUUCUGCCUGUAGUGAAAGCUUUCUCUGUGCUCAUAGGAUUGGACUGUGGAUAUGAGUGCAUACAUUUAGCAGAGUGAAUGCUAGUAUGGAGUAUUUAUACUUUACUGGAAUCUCCAGACAGACUGAUUUUUAUAUAGGUCAGGGCUGGGGAACUUGUAGUUCUCCAGAUGUUGGACUUCUUUCAACUCUAGCUAGGUAGUCUUUGGUAAGGGAUGAUGGGAGCUGUAGUCCAAAAACAGGAGGUUCCCCAGCCUUGUUUGAAAUUUUGGAAGCGCUUUCCUGGGAAUAAUGCUUUAAAAUGAACACUUUCUUCUGCAGAAAUUGUUAAUACUUAGCAAUAAACGUGAAUUCCACCUUCUCCACAGACCCUCCCAUUCUAGUUCAGUAAUAUUCAGUGGGGCAUUCAUAACAACUUGAUUUUCAUUAUAACACAAAAUUAAAUCUUGCAGCUUCAGCUAUGAAAUAAUGCCUGUUAUUUCACUAAGGCCAGUGAUGGGUCUGAGUAUCAUCCAGUAUUUGUUUUCAAAAGUUGGAGUCAUUGCUGCAUCAUCCUAGACUCACAGGUGUGACCCGAACACAUCUAACACCUUGCAGAUACUCAUUUAGUCUGCAGUCUGCAUCUUGAGAAUAUGUCUUAGUGUGGUCUUCAUGACUAGAAUAUUGGCCUAAUUUUUGCACAUUUUUGUUUCACUUCUUAUGCCAGCUCCUGCUCUUUGUACCUUUCAGCCCACAUGAACAGUUCUGGAGAACUGGCACACUUUUUCAUGACAUUUUGCCCCCUCUAAAUAAAGGUAUUGCUGAACUGUAGAUGUAUUUUUUUCUUAAAAAACAGCUGCAGUAUUCCAGUUACUGUGUUUCCUUAUGAUUUUGAUAAAAUGCGAUCUUGGCAUCAUUUGAUGCAUACAGUCAGCCUCACUUAGGUGCAGUGUCCUAUGUUCAUUCCACUGACAGCAUUUUCUGGCAGUUCUAACAAUAAACUUAGACACCACUUGC